UAAUAGCGAUGAAUAAAAGUCAUAUUAGCACAUACAAUGAGCGCACAAUGUGCGGACUUGUGGCACUGGGCCCACAACAAUGGGCUCCCGAACGGCAGGACCCCGUCGUAUUUUUCUUCCCCCUGAAAAUGGACAACGCCGAAGGUUUUUUCUCCUCAUGCAUUAUUAACGCCCUGUGCAACAUCAACGCCAGGGACAAGUCUCUUGCCUUUCCUUGCAUCACCGAAUUCAUUUGUUGCCUUUUCAUUCCACCCACAAGCUCGGAUUUUUCGGGGCCCUCAACUUAAUGUGGACGGGGGACUAGUCGCAAUCGCGCGCCGUGCGGCCAAACUAAGGACGCCAUUGGCUGAAGGAGUGAGCGUGGGGCGGGAACAUUAUUCGGCAGUGAUUGGAGCGCAGACCACGACUAUGACGACACUGCUAUUUCAAUAAUUCGCAUAGAAUUUCGAGAAGCCUAAAAAAGACUGCAAAGAAACCUUGACGGGGGAAUAGUUGAGAGUUUGGAUAUUCUCAGCUGUGGAGAAAGUUCUUUCGCUUGCAUAUAAAUCACCUGUUUUUGUACAGCAUCCAUCUAUUUCUCCGGACUAAAGAAAUUUAAGAAACUAUUCAGUAAGUUUUUUAAAAAAUGGAAAAGAUUUAAUAAUCCUUUGGACUUUUUUCUAAAGCGUUAACAAGAUCUUGAUUUGGGGCCAUUUUAAGUCUGUUAGUUCCGUUGAAAGGACAAUCGUAGGACUUAGUUUCAACCUAUUUGAUUUCCAAAUUUGACUUUCGCUACUGUUGAUAAUUACUUCAUCAACGCCAUGGCAUUACCGCAUUUGAGCAGCGACGCCAUCGACGUGUGCCUCUCUCCCGCUUCCCUCGAUGACGAUUCUUGUUCCAGCGACGAGUCUUGCGAUGAUUUACUGGAUUCCACCGUACCCCAAGACGGCAGCCAGCCCUCGACCCCCUCGUCAGGACCCAACGGUUCACAGGCCGGUGGGGUCCGGACGAGACGGAGGGGUAGCGGAAAGGGGAGCCCUGAGCACUCGGGGAAGAAGCACCACCGGCCCCCGGCACAGCAGAAGGAGAAGGAGCCUCACCUGGUGCAGCGGCGCAACGCCAGGGAGCGGCGCCGGGUUCAGCUGGUCAACGACGGCUUCGUGCGGCUCCGUCGGAAGAUCCCGACCGAGCCGAGGAACAAGAAACUCUCCAAGGUGAAAACACUGCGCUCGGCCAUCAACUACAUCCUACAUCUGCAGGAGACGCUGAAUGAGGCGGCGAAUCGACAGACAAGGAUGGAGGAGAUGGAAACGGUUGGGAUGACGGUUGCUAUGGCACACCAGGCGCAGCCACUCUACAACGAUUGGCAACAGUACGACGUUCAAAACAUGUGCAAUGGAUACAGCGACUACCCGAUAGAGAACCACCCGGGAUACUAUUACUAGGAGAUGUAAGCCUCGCUACAGCAAGAAGAACUAUCGAUGAGCAGGUUAGAGGGGGAGCAGUGGGUGUCCAGCGUCUUGAGAUUUCUUUAGCGGUACACCGGGGGUUUGGAACUGCAGUCGGUGGUACGUCGUCACAAGGGACAAGCCCGUGUGGUUCCAACCGACUCACGCACUAUAGCGCCAGGACCGUGGACGAUAGGGUAUCUACUGAAGUGUGGUGUUGGGGAUUUCCAGACGACGGUCCUGUCUCCAGAGUGCAAUUUCACAAUGCAUCAUGGAUGGAUGUGAGAUUUUGGAUACUAGAGACGAAUUGGAAAUGAUCAAGUUUCUCGCGAUGAUCAGAACGAUUUCUGUCAAUAUUGUACAUAUAAUUGCAACUAUUAGUAUUUAUUAUAUCAUUUUCGACGCCGUGUAUUCAGAAAGAAGACAUUCAAGUGGAAUAUGUAUAUAAUAAGGCAAUGAAGAACUAAACUCUUCAGAUUAAGUUUUAAUAACUAUUUACAAAUCGGUGUUACUGAAAUAGAAACAAGUGUUUACGACGUGACCAACUGAAGAACGGUAGUAAUAAAGGACACAAUUUGAAAUUAUUGAAAUUGUAUCCUUUAUUAUAUAAAGCCUUUAAAUGCAGUUUACUGCAUGUCUUCUCGACGUCACACCCAAAAAUUAUGCCAUUAAAAACCGACAUAAUCCUUUGGCUGUAAAAUGCGCCACGUAAGCGAGUUAAGGUGUAUAAAAUAUGUAAGUUUCGGACUGUAAGUACAGUAAGUUCAUAGAUCUAAAUGAAUGUGGAAUACAAUAAUUCUCUGAUGUUAGUAGGUCAACACAAGAUGUAAUAAAAUGGAUUGUUGGUUUAACAAAGUUUUCGUUCACAUGGGUUAAAAAUCUGCGUAGGGCUGAGGUUGGAUGUGCAAUUCUCAAAGAAAUUCUACACAACUUAGGCUGUUUCGUCAUUGGGGAGAAUUGUAUGCAAAUCGUGGUGAUGAGUUUUUCGUCUUAUUAGUUAAACGGGAAGACUGAUCUUGAAUAGCUUCGAUUUACAGACCACUUAUGCAUUAAACUGUAAGAAACCAGCUUAUCAGUUCAUAUGAA